AUGGAGGAUGUCAUUUCUUUGCAAUUCGUCAUCAAGAGCGUUCUCGAGAGCAUCAAUUUAGUAGCAUUUGUGGCUGCCUACGGUGCUGCACUUGUUGUUCUCAUACUUCCUGCAAUUGUGCUCGAGCUGGCUGUAGGUCAGCUGACUGGUCGAGCAUCGGUGCAGGCAUUUUAUCAUCUGUCACCGAUAUUCAAAGGUAUUAUCUCAGGUAUUGUUCACAUUACUUGUAUUAGCAACCAUGACACGAUUUGUGUGGUUGAUACUUUUCGUCUUUCAUCUAUCUUGGACUAUUCAAGCAGAUCGACCAUAUAA